AGAAGUUCCCCCUAGUCGACGUAGUUUAAAGGAGAUGGGACUGUGGAGGCUCCACAGGGCUUUGCUGCAGGCUGCUCUGCUGUGUUGUCUGGUCGCUGGUCAGGCACACAGCUGUCCACAUGCCUGCAUGAAGUGUUCAGGGCCUGAAAACAACCAGUGUGAGGAAUGCAGCACAGGGUGGACUCUCCAUAAUAACACCUGUGUAGACAUAGAUGAGUGCGGCACAAAGGUGGGAAACUGUCCUGUAAACAGAUAUUGCUUCAACACAGCAGGGUCCUUCGAGUGCAGAGAUUGUGACCCAGCCUGUGUGGGCUGUAUGGGCAGUGGACCGGCGCGCUGCAGAAAGUGUGCCGUUGGGUUCACACUGACAGGAUCCAAGUGUUUGGAUACCGAUGAAUGUAGUGACAGAGUGCUGGCCUGUCUGGGUCUUGAUCAAAUCUGCAUCAACACAAUAGGCUCGUUUCGCUGUGACUGUGCUCAAGGAUUUUUCCACAGAGAUGGUGUCUGUGUGAGGAAACAGCAGCCGAGGGUUCAAGAGAAAGGUCUGUUUGAGGACAUCCAGGAUGAUGAGAUAGAGGUGCUGCAGCAGAUGUUCUUCGGGGUGUUGCUUUGUGCUCUAGCCACACUGGCUGCUAAAGGAGAUAUGGUUUACACGUCUCUGUUCAUAGGAGCGGUGGCAGCCAUGGCAGGAUACUGGCUCUCUGACCGGGGAGACCGUUUGUUAGGCAACUUCCUCAAAGGACAGUAAAACUGAGCUGAUCUAAAAAGGACUGACAUAUGUAAGAGUUCAGAAGCACCAAUGCAUGGACUGUUGUUCAACAAGGCUGUUUACAGUCACUGUCAUGUGAAUAUACUGCAUUAACAUUAAAUAUGGUGAUAAAAAUUAGUGAUAUUCAAAAAUAUUGUUCUUUAAUCAAAUCAGCCUUUUCCAAUCAGAAAAGAAAUUUUUAGAGUAAAUUUUUAAGUUAGUGGAACCACAGGAAAGCAGUGAAAGUUUUAUACUUUAUGCUUAGGAGACACAAUUCAUGAAUUUCGAGGCCCAAGAAAGCUUUUAUACAUUUAUGAGGGAUGAGAUUUAUCCCGAAGAAUGCCAAACAGCCAGUAAGAUCCUCAGUUCCUUGCCAUCUUCCAAGUUCUCCAGUCUUCCAACACAAUUCACCAAGACAGUCAAAGUUUUAGGAAGACCUUACACCUACUGGGAGGUCAAAUGUAACUCAAGUCUGGAUCUAAACUAUCUCAGCUAUGACUUGUGUAGAAUGUAAACUCUGUCUCCUCUAAUGUUAUACAGUCAUUGUUUCAUCAUGACAGCAGGUAUUUGUACAGUAGUAUGUCUCUAUUUAUUGUAUUUGUUAUUUUUAACUAACAAAUCACAAAGACCUAGAAAAAUGUGUACUGUUACCCUUAACAGACAUAAGACUUAAGUAAAUGUCUGAUUUAAACUUGAAAGGUGCUUAUUUGGAAUCAUAUUAGUUUAUAUAGAGAUUGUUCAUAUUCUUCCACAAUUUUGCUUCUUAGGUCCUCAGACAAUUCUCGGCUCUUUCUCUUCUCCAUGCUUGGUGUGACACAGGCAUACAACAUAAAGGUUGAGUCAACUUUUAUAUACUCUAACUGGCUUCAGGUGUGAUUUCUAUAUUGCCAGUUCCUGUUACUUGCCACAGCUGAGUCUAAACGAACAUCACAUGCUUGAAACAAAAUGAUUUACCCACCGUUUUAAAAGGGUGCCAACAAUUUUGUUUGGCCCAUUAUUUGAGUUUUGUGUAAAAUUAUGUCAAUUUUGGCUUUUUUCUCCUGUUUUUUUUGUGUUGUUCCAAUGCACAUAAAGGAAAUAAUCAUGUGUAUACAAUAACUUUUGUAAUUGCAACAGUUUCUGGGAGAAAUGGUGUAGCUUCUGGAAAAAUUCCAGGGGUGCCAAUACUUUUGUCCAUGACUGUAUUUAAACUAGGACAUUUGGGAAAGCUGUGUUGAAAAAUCCUUGCUCUGUUUAACAGCACUUGGAAGAUACUUGAGAAAACAUGACAUUUUUAUAGGGGGACUAAUAAUUUUGUCCACAUCUGUACAUCAUUAUUGUGCUGAUUUUCCUUUUGCAAUAACCUAAAGUCAUGUUUCAUAUAGAAAAAUGCAGGUUUAACAUUUUUUUAAUUAGAGUAGAAAAUCCCUCAGAGACAGAAAGAAAGUCACCUUUAUUUGAUGGAUAUAAACAAGCUGGCCAACACUCAAUAGUAAUAUUCUGAUACAGCACAUACAAUAGCAAACGGGGGCACUGAGGACAGCCUCCUAGGUUUAAAAAAACUAAACAUCAUGCUUCAUUCAAUACUUGACUCAGUCUCGCUUUUUUUCUCUAGGGACUUCUUCUGAUAAAGUUUUUUUAAAUAGAUUUUUCUCUUGUGCAUUCAUGAGACUCACAGAUACACACAUACUGACAAACACCCAGAAAGGCAGUUACACAUCCACACCCACUCAUACGCACGCACAUCCCUCUUUUCUGGUUACAUUUACACGAGCAACCCCAAGAAACAUGCUGCACUCUCACAAAACUGCACAGGCUGUCUACUAAUGGGACACAGUAAGUGAGACACACACAUCACUCUCAAACACAACAUCACACCGUCACAAUGCACGAUGCAGAUGCAAUUAAUGAGUGAGGAAUGAUGCAUCAUGGGAGAUUAGCUCACGUUCACACGGGUUGUCAUUCAGCAUGCUGGACACUCACAUUUAACUUGUUCCUAGGUUUUUACUGUACAGUUCAAAACAUUUACUUUUACAAAUAGUACAGUCUCAAACUGGCAUAUUCAAAAGCGCAAACAAUAGAAAAAAUAAAGCUAACUUAAAUGAAAAAUAAAAAAGUAAACAUUUGUUCUGUCAAAGAAAAGAGUUUCUGGCAUUGGUCACAGUGAUUUGUUUGAUCCAAAGUUUUAGCAACCUACAAAAAAAUAAAUAAAAAAAGCAAAAAAAUAUGAAUAAGAACAAUAAAGUGAAAAUGUAUGCUAGGCUUGUCAUACUUUUUCUCAAAGGCUUUUGAAUUACUGCUAACUCUACAGGCCUUUAAUGUCGAGUCUUUCUACACGGCUGCCUCCAGGCACUGAUGCAGACUUGACUUGUCAACUCCACCUCACACCGGUGUCAGUCAUACACAACCAGGAUUAGUUUUUAGUCUAAGCCUCAGCUGAGAUAAGCCCGUGUGUCUCCUAAACCUUUUUGACAUGACAGUUGAGAAAUCGCUCUGCAUAGAGAACAGGAGAUUAUCCUUACAUCACCACUCUCAGUUGGCACAUUAUGUAAAAAUCAGCAUGCAUGGGCACGAUUGAAAUGUUUCAUGUUUUCUACCAUGUAAAUCAUAAAUGGUGUCUCUUGGUAGGAGAACCCCCUACUUCAAGUAUUCAGUAGAUAAGGACCUGAAA